ACAGUAGCAGAGGAGUUAGGGACAACCAAGAUGACAUUAUACAGACACAGGAAAUAGAGAGAGGAUGAGGGGAGAUAAGGGUCUGAUGCCACCUUGCUGGGAGACACAGUGAGAACUUCAGUGUGUGGAGCUGUUCUUCUGGCGGGGCCACAUUCUGCAACACCUCUGUGGGGCACCUCCACUACUUUCCAAAGGCUCCAGUGUUGCUGUUGUUUGACAGCCUGUGGCGCAGGGACUGCACCGCCGCCAGCCCACGCCAGCAGUGAUGUGGGCAGGAAGUGUGGUGGUGCUGGUGCUGGCAGUGCUGGCUCUCGGGGCAAACUUCCCUCCCCCUCGUCCCCCCUUCCUGUGCCCCUCGCAUCAUGACAACACCGGAUAUGACGGCGCCAGGCACAGCAGCACCAGCACGCCCCUUGAAGAACGCGUGUGUGUGCAGUGUACAUCACGGCAAGGCACGCAUGAAUCACUGGCGCUCAUGAUUGCCUCGUGUGGGGCGGCCUGGCAGGAUUACAAGGUGCAGGCGCAGUGUUUCAGAGGCACGACCAUUCCUGACGCCUUUAUGGGAGUCCCUUACACCAACCCCUUUACUAACCGCACCUAUGUCAACGCUUACUGCGCCAUCUGUAACGGUGAAGACCCCACCCGGCUAGAUCCCUGGCUGUUCUCCUUGGUCUGUGAGGACGCAAGGCGCCCGCUGUACAGACCAGACCACUACGACGGCGUCUACUUCGACAGUGUGGACCACCACAUCGUGUACUUCAGUGACGGAACGUGGAACGCCAUCUCGCCUGAUGUGGCUGUCUCAGCAUCCCUUCCCUGCCACACUGCCAUUGCAGAACCCAUUCGUGUUGUGCACACAGAUCAUGGGACUCCACGUCCUCCACACCAUUCAACACCGCCACUUUGCUUUUCUCGGUCAGCCUCCAGCGGUGUGGCCCCGAGGAAGUGCUGGAGCUGGAGUCUGAUCUCUGCAGAAAGGUCAUUUGUCCACGCCUGGAUGAUAAGUUUCGUAAAGGAAGAUGUGUCACUGUGCCACAGGGUGCCACUGUCAGCACGCAGGGCGCCGCCAUCAACACGCAGGGCCCCGCGGCACCGUACUGUGCCGUCCGCCACUCCUGCGCCGUGCCUUGGCUCUCAGACAGAGGGUGCCGCUGCGACGCCUCCUGCAGGGAGUACGGGGACUGCUGCCGUGACUCACACCACUACGACGAGGCGCAGCAAAUGAAGAACUUUGCCUCGCAUACUUGUGUUGCUGGACCCACGCCCGCGUACACAAAGACCAAGUGUUCGGAGGACUGGGGCGAUGAGGAGGUGCUGGCGCUGUGCCUGAAGGGAAACAUAACCCCUGGCGGUAGUGGCAGCCUGUUCCCCGUCACCAGCACCACCACGGCCCACACCUACAUCGACCACCACUGUGCCAUCUGUAGCGGCGAGGACCCGGCCCACCUACGCGUGUGGCUCGCUCGUCUUGAGUGUGCAGAUUGGCCCCUCAAGUAUCAGCGCCCCAGAUGACGAAGACUACAGUAUUGUGUUCGGGGAUUCUGACUCUGGUGAGGGAAGAUGAGGCAUUUUGAAGCCUAGCCAUGGUCCCUCGUCCUUCAGGCCUUGUUCCCUGACCUCUGUAGCUCCCGGAGAUGUGAAGAACUACACAAGAGAGUGUGAUCCUGAGUUAGUGGCGACUUGUGGCCCUGAGGCGCAGGAACACCAGCGUGUCUUUUGUCAGCCUUACGUAGCCACGGUGUACCAGGGUAGCCACGCAUUCAGGAACCAACAUUGUGUGUGCCUCCU